GAUGCCACUUUACUACAGCAUCGCGCAAUUAUAACUAUAUGAUAUAUACUAUCCUCAACUGAAUUGUCAACUAAUUGUUUCUAAACCCAGUUUCUAAACCCAGAGUAGCAACAUCGCGAGACUUCCGGAAACGCUUGUGAAACAGACUAGAAAGACCAGGUCGGGGUUUUACGUUGGAGAAGUGAAAAAUAUUCCAUAGUUGUUCAUUUUCUCGAAAUCGAAAGGCAAAUCCUAGAUUCGAGCCGAUGUCUUCAGUAGUUAAACAUGGUAUUACUCCAACCUCGUGAUAGUGACAAACUGACACGUUUUAAUUUGUCAAAAACAAUUUUAUAUCGAAUGAGUGCCUUUGAAUUGACGGCCUGUACAUGCGCAGUUCGGCGAGAGUCGACCGUUAUACCAUAUGUUGUUUAUAACUAAACCUUGUUCUAUAUGUGGUUAUACGUACUUCUUCUCAUGUGCUUAGCUAGGCAACGUCGCCAUGACAUCACCUACAAGUGUGAACGGCGAUUUCAAUUGGAGAGCAGUUUCUGUCUAUCAUCAUACUGUACUGACUUUGUCUACUCCUUGCGGGCUGCGUCAUACUGCUGCAAUGUUGACGGUCUCGAUUAAUAUUAUCGAGCAUAGAAAUAGAACGCAUAGAACGCCCCGCACACCAUCGUUGUUUCAACCAGGGAGUUCGACACAACAAGAGAGAGAAGUAGAGCCACCCAAAUAACAUCAGAGGAAUAAAGCGACCGAAGAGAGGCUGCAAAAUGAAGAGGGGGCGAUAAACAUAGCUGUAUAUAGCUUAGCACGCAUGCUAACGUUGGCUUCUAGUUAGCUAGCUACGUCGAAACGGCCACGCAGAGAACAACAUCAAAAGGCGAUAGUCAGAAGAAGGGUUUACAACUGUAUUUCAAUGGUAUUUUUAAAUAAAAGCAGGUUCGAGCAUUAUGUCCUGCUCUGGUAACCUGGUUUGGGAUGUUAACAAGCGUUCCAUUGGAUAUAAUGACCCGAAUGCUGUCAGGAUCAACUACUUAGGGAGAAGAGAAUUUGUCCAGCGGCUGAAACUCGAAGCGACACUCAAUGUUCACGAUGGCUGUGUCAAUACUAUAUCCUGGAACGAUACCGGYGAGUACAUCUUGUCAGGGUCGGACGAUACCAACCUGGUCAUCACAAACCCAUACAACAGAAAGGUUAAGGCAACCAUACGGUCGGGUCACCGGGCGAACAUCUUCAGUGCUAAGUUCAUGCCUCAGACCAGUGACCAGCAGAUCAUCUCGUGCUCUGGGGAUGGUAUCAUCUACUACACCCACACAGAGAAGAGCCCCGACAUCAACAGGCAGUGCCAGUUCACCUGCCACUACGGAACAGCCUACGAGAUUAUGACAGUACCCAACGACCCCUAUACGUUCCUGUCGUGUGGGGAGGAUGGCACCGUGCGCUGGUUUGACCUGCGCACGAAGACCAGCUGUACUAAAGAGGACUGUAAAGAUGACAUCCUGAUCAACUGUCGGCGGGCGGCGACGUCUAUCUCCAUCAGUCCGCUGGUGCCCUAUUACCUGGCGGUGGGCUGCUCCGACAGCUCCGUACGCAUCUAUGACAGACGCAUGCUGGGCACCAGGGCUACGGGUAACUACAUGGGCCGUGGAACGACGGGCAUGUGUGUGCGCUUCGUUCCGGCACACCUGUCCAACAAGUCGUGUCGUGUGACUUCGCUCUGCUACAGCGGGGACGGACAGGAGGUGCUGGUCAGCUACUCUUCAGACUACGUAUACCUGUUUGACCCCAAUAAUGACCAGGCCCGAGAGCUGAAGGGUCCGUCCGAGGAGAGGAGGGAGGAGCUGCGGCAACCCCCAGUGAAGCGUCUUCGUUUACGAGGUGACUGGUCUGACACCGGUCCACGAGCUCGUCCUGAGAGCGAGCGAGAGCGGGACGGAGAGCAGAGUCCCAACGUGUCGCUGAUGCAGAGGAUGUCGGACAUGUUGUCCCGCUGGUUUGAGGAGGCCAGCGAGGCCCAGGGCAGCCGGGGGACCACGCGCCCUCAGACACGCCCUACAGGCACUCUUCCUCGCAUAGAAGGGGCCCCCACCAUCCCAACACUCCCUACAAUACCCCCUCCACAAGCAGCCAGAGCCCUAGAGGGCUCUGUGGAAAUGGAGGCCUCCGCCGUCAACCCUGUACCUGUACCUGUACCCCUCUCCAAGUCCACCUCCUCCUCAGGGUCAUCGUCAACGGUUACAGCACAUCCUCCGUCAACCUCCUCAUCCAUGGAAGGCUCGGUGCUUCCCUCAUGCGCCCUCCCCUCCUCCCCAGAUUCAGAGCAGAGGAGUCAGGCAGACACUGCUGUGACCUCCACGCCAACACCCACACCCACCACAGAGGCCGCACUGUCCGAGUACGGCCCUCAUCGGCUGCCGGUAAGUUUAGUGUGUAGGCGCUUGCAGCGGCUGCUCCUGUUGGCCGACCCCCCAGGACAGAGUCAAUCCUCUUCCUCCACUGCAGGCACUGAGAGCCAAUCACAGGGGGCUUUUGCUGCUGCCGCCAAGAUGCCCCCCCCUACAGAUUCUCCCUCGUCUGUGGUUAACAAACAGCUGGGAUCCAUGACUCUGGAUGAGCAGCAGGGAGCAUCAGAAGCUGUGAGUGUGAGUGCUGGAGCGAGUUCAGUCAAAGUGAAAACUCUGUCUGCGUCUGCCAGUGUAACUGGAACCUCGUCUGGGUCCGGGGCACCCAGCAGCAGUACUGGACCUGGAGGUAGCCGAGCCAGCACGGCAGAACCCGUCCUGAGUCUACACUACAGCACUGAGGGAACCACCACCAGCACCAUCAAACUGGACUUCACUGACGAGUGGAGCCGCAGAGCUCCCAGUUCCAGGGGCAGCGGAGCCUCCAGUUCCAGGGGCAGCGGAGCCUCCAGUUCCAGGGGCAGCGGAGCCUCCAGUUCCAGGGGCAGCGGAGCCUCCAGUUCCAGGGGCAGCGGAGCCUCCAGUUCCAGGGGCAGCGGAGCCUCCAGUGGAGAGUCCAAACCGUCAGAGGCAGCAGGGGCCGCCCAGACCAGGGAAGGGCCCUUGGCAGAGAGCUCUGCCUCAGAGCAGGUGGCUGUGUCGGAAACCUCCGGCCAGAGCAGGUCUGCAGCUUCCCACACAGACCCACUGUGUGAGGCUGGGGGUGCCUCCUUCUCCAGCACCCAGGGCUCCAUGCAGGCCCAGGCCACAGCACAAGCCUCCUCUGUGGGGGAUAGUGUGACUGCCACGCCCCUGGAGAGGAGCCAGGGUAUGGGUGCGGAGGACACCACUGGGGGGUGCAGGAGAGAGGAGCCUGUGGGGGAGGGGGGGCAUGGGGGUCCAGGGGGGCAGGGGGUUCCAACGGGACCGGGAGGACAGGGUCAACCCUCCCGUAGCCACCAGGACUCAGACGACAGUGAUGACGACCCAAUUCUUAUCCCCUCUGCGAGGUACAGAGGAGGACAGGGACAGAGAUCUAAUUUCAGAGGAUCAGCGGUAGGAGAUAGGAUGAUCAGGUAACGUCUGUGUGUCCACAACUAUAAUAUCUAAUCUGCAAGCAGUUGAAGAACUUUAACUUCCAAAAAUACAGCUCCCAUGAGUCCAAGCAACCCCCCCUGAGACUCUACUGUAGUCUACAGGAUGUGGUGUUUGUAGUUUUCACCAGCAGGAUUAAGCCUUGUGGGUGUGAUGGGCACUGUUGUGAAACACUAUUCAUGUGAGCAUGUACAGUGGGGAGAACAAGUAUUUGAGACACUGCCGAUUUUGCAGGUU